AUGACGAACAUGACCAUGACUACGAAUCCGUCCUUUGUUGAUAGUACUCUUCAGCCAGAGGUGCCAUUUUACUCCCAUGCUGUAUCUUGCAAUGGAGCUGGUCGUCUCAUAUUUACCUCAGGUCACAUAGCCCAGAGGAAAGACGGAUCAUGGCCCGAAACAUUCGAGGAGCAGGCCAAACAGGCGAUGGAUAAUCUGGCCGGCGCAUUGGUAGCUGCUGGCGCUUUGCCCAAGGACAUAAUCAAGAUAAUCUGGUAUGCAGUGGAUUGGGACAGUUCCACUAUGGGUCACGGGCUCAUAGAACCAUACCUCCAAUAUUUCACUACAGAGUAUGGUGUCACAUAUCGACCGAUUACCACUUUGGUGCCAGUACCAAAGCUGGCCACUCCCGAGGCAAAAUUUGAGAUAGAAGCGGUGGCAUAUGUUAGCGGUCUGUCGCAGCCAUGGUCGAGCGGUGCUGGGAUGAAAGUCUGGCCAACACCUCCGGUUGAGGUUGAUGCUGUGGUUGUUGGAGGCGGAUUCUCCGGGAUGAUGGCCGGAUACGAAGCUUCACAGGCCGGCCUGAAGGUUGCUGUUCUCGAGGCUCGGCACCGGAUUGGGGGUCGCAGCUGGACGCAAGCUCUAGAAAGUGGUCACGGCCAUGUUGAGCUUGGCGCUACAUGGAUAAACAAAACCACACAACCCCUGAUCUACAGUCUAACUCAAAAGUUCAAAUUGAAGACUAUAGAACAGUAUGUAACUGGUGACGAAGUCUUCCAGACAUCUAACGGCAAGGUCUAUAGAAAAGCAUUUUUGGAGGCAUUGACUGAAGAUCCAAAAUUAUCAACGCAGUUCGAAAGGUUCAUUGUUAUCCUCAAGGAAGCCAUCGCCGAGCGGAAUAUUAGAAAAUGGGAUGAUAUCAAGGCAGAGGAGGAUGUUGCUUUUGACGAAUGGGCCAGGUUGAAAGGUGUUGAGCCUUCGAGCGAGCUGGACGACUUUUGCAGCUUCUUGACGAGAACUGUCGUAGGCCGAGAGGCACACGAAGUUGGAGCACACUAUUUUCUAGAUUACCUCCAGUCUGGAUUCGGGUUUGAGAGCAUAAUCAGCGAAGGCGAAAUUGGUGCACAAUCACUGAAAGUAAAGCCAGGAACAUCCGCUAUCGCCGAAGCACUCGCAAAGUCGAUGCCUCACGGAUCUGUCUUUGUAAACACUCCCGUUAGCAAAAUUAGCCAAUAUCAGGGCGGUAGCCAUCCUUGUUUGGUGACCACCAAAGACGGUCAGCAAUUUAGAGCGAAAAAAGUUAUACUCGCAGUUCCAACCAACACGUACGAUUUGAUCGACUUCUCUCCACCACUGCCACGGGAAAAGAGGGUUCUUGUUAGCAACACCCGGGCUGGUGUCUAUGCAAAAGUUAUCCUCACAUAUCUCAAGCCCUGGUGGCGUACGGCUGGACUCGUUGGAAAGUUCCAGAGCCAUACUGGUCCUAUAUCCAUGAGCUGGGACAUUAGUGACGAAGAUCAGAGCAGUCUAGCUCUCUUUGUUUGCGGCGAUGGAGCCACAAAAUGGCAUGCACUGUCCAAACUCGGUCGUCAAGAGGCUAUUAUCGAGCAUCUUAUAGAGCUCGUCGGGCCUGAGCUUGCUGAUAAGGCGCGCAGUGUGCUCGAAUACAAAUGCGUUGAAUGGACCAAGGAGGAAUUCAUCGGCGGAGCGCCCACCAGUGUUAUGGGACCGGGGAUGUUGAGUAAAUACGGUCAGGCAUUCCGGCAGCCUUUUCAAAACAUUCACAUUGCCGGUGGAGAGGCCGCAUUUGAGUGGAAAGGUUACCUGGAAGGGGCACUCAGUUCAGGGCAGCGCGCGGCAACAGAAGUCGUUGAUAUUUUGGGAACAACUGCACAGCCCAGUGCCACUGAGUCAAGGUUAUAA